CGGGCCGAGCUACACCGCGUCCCGGCGUCGCGUCCCGGCCUCCUCUGUCUCUAUCUGCAGACGCUUCUCCAGCUGCUCCCCCCUCCACGCGGCGGAUGCGCGCCGGCCGGCUGUGCGCUCCACUGAACUCGUUACUUCGCUCGAACGACUGCUCGAUUAGUCCCGAUAACUUCCGGGCCCGCGGCUAGGAACAGUAUGGGCCGGGUGCGUGUCGCCGUGCCCGCCGGCGGUCCGGAUUACGAGACUAGUUGUCGCAGAUGACGCGCUCGACGGUCCGGAAUAUGUGACAGUGGGCAGCACCGGUGGCGUGUGGAGGACUAGCUGAGGCGAGAGUGUCUGCGAGGGGGAGACCCGAGUUACCAUGUUGAGUCCGUUCGUGGACCCGAGUCACCACCACCACCUGGCAGCCAUGGGCAUCAAGAUGAGUCCUCCGUCGUCGGCGUUGGUGCACCAGGGCGGCGCCGGCGGCACCGCGGACCACUACCAGGCGUCGUCCGCCUCCGGGGGCGGAAGCGGAGUGUACGGCGGUGCGGGGGCGGCAGGGGGCGGCAGUGCCGUGUCGGCCGCCGCGACGGCGGGCUACGCGGCGCGCGACUUCCUACUGCGGCGCGACCACCACUCGCAGGAGUUUUCCGCCUCCGGGGCCGGCGUCGCCGCGGCCUCCGGGGGCGGCGGCGAGUCCGGCGCGGGGGCGGCGGCGGUGCUGUUCCCGGCAGCGGCGGCGGCUGCCGCGCUGCACCACGAGGCGGCGGGCCACGUGCUGCCGCACGCGCACCACCACCAGCACCACCACCACGCGCUGGCGUCGCACCACGCGGCCGCCGCGCUCAACCACCAGAUGCGGCUCGGCAUGGACGUGUACGCGGCGCGCGCCGGCGUGGGCGUCGAGCACGGCCACCACGCCGCCUACCACCACGCGCACCACCCGCACCACCCGCACGCGCACCACGGGCUGGCGCAGCACUCGUACCCGCACCACGUGGCGGCCGCGGCCAUGCACCACCACCACCAGCAGCAGCAGGCGGCGGCCGCGGCGGCGCACCACGGCGCCUUCUUCCGCUUCCGCCAGCCCGUCAAGCAGGAGAUGUCCUGCAUGUGGGUCGAGCCCGAGCAGCCGCCGCCGCGCAAGACGUGCGCCAAGGCGUUCACGACCAUGCACGAGAUCGUGACGCACCUGACGGUGGAGCACGUGGGCGGGCCCGAGUGCACGACGCACGCCUGCUUCUGGCAGGGCUGCCCGCGCAACGGCCGCCCCUUCAAGGCCAAGUACAAGCUCGUCAACCACAUCCGCGUGCACACGGGCGAGAAGCCCUUUCCCUGCCCCUUCCCCGGCUGCGGGAAGGUGUUCGCGCGCUCCGAGAACCUCAAGAUCCACAAGAGGACGCACACCGGCGAGAAGCCGUUCAAGUGCGAGUUCGAAGGCUGCGACCGGCGCUUCGCCAACAGCUCGGACCGCAAGAAGCACUCGCACGUGCACACGUCGGACAAGCCGUACAACUGCCGCGUGGCGGGCUGCGACAAGAGCUACACGCACCCGUCGUCGCUGCGCAAGCACAUGAAGGUGCACGGCUGCAAGAGCCCGCCGCCGGGGCACCCCGCCUACGACAGCGACGACGACGCCGCCGCCGACGGCGACGACUCCAACUCGUCCGGCUCGGCCGCGUCCGCGGGGGCGGGCCCGCCCUCGCCCGACCACCCCCAGCCGCCGCCGCCGCAGCCGCCCCAGCAGCAGCACGCCGGCGCGACCAACCUGUCCGAGUGGUACGUGUGCCAGAGCAUGCCGACGCCGCCCAGCAACGACCACUCGCCGGUCAGCCAGCUGAGCCACCACCUGGGCCACCACCCCAUGAUGCACCACCACCACCACCACCACCACGGCGCCGCCACCGCCUACUGACGACCACCCCUCGGCCCGCUGGAAGCGUCUGCGCAGCGCCUCGACCUGGCGCUGCACUCGCCGUGACCGCCGGCCCUGCCACCAGCACGCCGCAGGACGCCCACGCCCGAGGCACCAACCACAGGCUCCGCAGACCGGACGUGGACGCACCAGCUGUUACAACCCAGUUCUGUACUCCCAGAUUGACUCCUAAGGACUGAUACCCUCAGAUCUCUUGGUGUUCCGUUUCCUCUUACCCAGAUCGACACUAGGGGACUGAUGGCCGUACAUCCAGUUCCCCAAGAUCAAGGGCUGAGGCCCUCAGCUCCUCCAGUUUCCAGUGUAUGCUUUCGGAAAUCGAACUGUGCCUUCCACUGUAACAUCUCUCAGUGCUCUUGAUCAGGAUGUAACACCACUGCGAUCCAUUUGGUUCCCUGUGAAUAGCGAGAAUCAAAUACUGCGUUGGACAGAGAAUACAGUGUUUUAAAGUAAGGAAACUAUCUAUGAGGACCACGCAUUUCGAUAUCGUGCUCCAAGAGCGUUCAUUACAUCGUCAGAUAUUAUGACAUUGAGUCUAGAAAGAGGAGCUGGAAUUUUGUUUUCCACUGUGGCUAACAAUGAUCAUCUUCAAAUAACAUUACUGUUAUCUGCUUUUUCAUAUGAGGAACAUCUCAGCAGCAUGAUAGUUUGAUCCAGAUUCUGGAAGGAAAAAAACUAUUACCUGCAAGAAUGAAAAUUUAAGUAAAACAAUUCUGUGUAUUUAUCGAUAUCUUCACUCACUAGCAUCACUUGACAUGUUCCUUGGAGCUUAUUAGUUCCCUGAAAUAAGAUGGACUAGUGCCUUCCACAGUGGAUAACACGACUCCCUUCGUUCCUAUCACUUAGUAAUGCUACUGUGAUCACGUUUUGCUUUGUGUAAACAGAGUGAUUGGAAGAUCACACUGGACUGAGGAUAUAGAAUGGAAUAGGGAGCAAUUAAAUGCAAAGAUUACUGCAGCUGGUGGACAUCACUUAAUACCUUUAGUCUGUGACAAGAUCAGUCGUUCAACAAAAUUACAUCGUUCUUCUCUUCGAAGAUAAAAACAUUAUUCCUUCCUGUUUCUUUCAUCUUCUCACUGAUAAGGAGCAACCUGCCGCUAUUAUCCUACAAGCCCUCCACUCUGGCUGUUUGCGACUAGAAUAUCCGUGUGGCUUCUCACGGCUGGGAUCGUGCCGGAACACAAGAUGGACGGCGUGUAACGAGUGCUGUGUUGUGCUGUGGUGAGGUGCGGUGGGGGACAAAAGAAACUUUUGCAACGCGCCGACGGAGACCGAGACUCUUAUUUUCAACGUACUGUAUAUUGUUUGUGCCUUCUACCAUUAAGAUGUAAACAUUACCAAAGAUAUUUGUCCUACUGUACGUUCAGUGCAUCCAUACUUUAAGAAUACGCCGCGAGUUGGAGAAUUCGGUCGGAUGACUGCCGUCCGUCGACAGUGUCAACGUAAUAAAUAAACUUUCCUUCGGAGCCAUGUGCUUGCUGUGGUCCCGAUGCGACCGCCUCGAAAAUUUGUCUGCUAAUUUUGACGGCUGUGCUACGCUUACAGAUGUUGUAUACAAAAUUUUGCAAACACAUUGAUGUAGUCUGCCUAAGUAUUGUACCAGAAAUAUUAAGUCUUAAAUUUAAUCUGUUGUAAAUAUGUAUCAUAGUGUGACAGAAAUUACGCUGAAUACAAAAUAUGCUCAAUGUA